AUGAAAGUUAAGUUAGAUUCAAGUAUAAGAAUAUUAGAAUUACAAAAAGAUUCUAGGAUUCUUAAUGCUGUCAUUCAUGUUAUGAUCCAUCAGCCUUCACAUGAAGAUCUAGAUGCAUUUAAGCAUUUAUUAGUUAAAUUGACAAUUGAAAAUAAAAAUACAAAGAAGUUAUUGAAACUAUGUAUGUAUCAAAAGGAUUUUGGUGUUGAUGCUGCAUUUUGUAUUUUUACAAAUGAAAAUUAUUUUAAUAAUACUGAUAAGAUUGAAGUCUUUAAAGAUUUUAACUUUACAAAUGAAGUAUCAAAUUCGCAAAAACACAAGACUGAAGAUUUUGAACAUAAAGAUUCAGGAACAUGUGUUGUAGAUCAAAAAGGAAAAGCCUUUGGUAUUUUUCAUACAUUAUGGAUGAUGGAAACUUAUAAAUACGCUAUUACUUCUCCUUAUUUUGCAGUUUUUAAGGCAUUGGAUGUAGAAUCUGAGAAAGCAUCAAGUUCAGCUGAUUGA